AUGUCAACCGACCUGAAGGAGCCUGCCACGCCUCUUCACCGCCUCGAACAUGGCCCGCAUGAGAAACACGUCGCCCAAGACGACCUCGACCGGGAAGUCGUUGCGUCGUUUGACAGCCCCUUCGAUCUUCCGAUAUGGCGGAAAUGGGUCAUGACCACUCUGCUGGCCUUGAUGACUACGGCCGUCACGUUUGCAAGCUCUGUCUGGUCUGCAACCAUCACCGUCACGUCAAAGGAGUUCAACGUCAGUGAAACAGUGUCACUAUUGGGGGUUUCGCUGUAUGUCUUGGGAUUUGCUGUCGGUCCCAUUGUUUGGGGCCCCUUAUCAGAAUUCAAAGGACGUCGUUUGCCACUCUUUUCAGCCUUCUUCAUCUGGACACUUCUCCAGAUACCGAUCGGAGUGGUCAAGAAUCUGCCCGCCCUUCUUGUAUGUCGCUUGUUGGCCGGCUGCUUCGGCGCUUCGCCCCAGGUCCUGGUCAGUGCCGCCUUCGCCGAUUUUUGGGAGCCAGCCGAGCGUGGCGUCGCAACCGCAGUCUACUCGGUAGCUGUCUACGUGGGCCCUACUCUUGGACCCAUUUUUGGAGCCCUUAUCACCGAAAGCAGCCUUGGUUGGCACUGGACAGGCUGGAUUUCCCUCAUUCUGGGUGUUGUGGUUGGGAUUCCAGCAUUCCUCUUCAUCCCGGAGACAUAUGGCCCAAUACUCCAACAAAGAGCAAACAAGAAACUCAUCCUGGCACGAGACUCGUCAGAAUUGGUCGAACGAAACGCAAAGAAGGCUCAAGGCUUUACGGAAUUUGUCCAAAAGUACAUGUUCAAGCCGGCAAUCAUGUUCUGCGUCGAGCCAAUGCUCAUGGUCAUGGCGUUGUAUAUUGCCAUCGUCUAUGGGAUCCUCUAUCUGACCUUCUUCGCAUUUCCAUAUAGCUUUGUCCAAGGCCGAGGUUGGGAUCCUCGCGUCGGAAGUCUCCCAUUUUUAAGCAUACUGACAAGUGUGAUUGUGUCUUCGCUCGGGGUAGCGGUGUUUUCGAAACGAUACUAUCGUCCCAGGCUAUUGGCUCGCGGUUCCGUCUUGCCCGAGGACCGAUUACCACUGGUCAUGCUCGGUAGCCUCAUUCUGCCAGUCGGGCUCUUUUUCUUCGCCUGGACUUCGUCCAGCAAAAUCUCCCCGGUCCCGCAAAUCAUCGCAGGGUUUUUCAUCGGAAGUGGCAUCAUGCUCAUUUUCACCAAUGCCGUGGCCUUUCUGGUGGACAUCUACCUUCAAUCCGCUGCCAGUGCCAUGGCGGCCAGUACGAUCGUGAGGAGUUUAGUGGCAGCCGGCUUUCCAUUGGCUGCGCCACGCAUGUAUAAAUCCUUGGGCACAGCAUGGGCUACGAGCGUCCUCGGCUUCCUGUGCGUGUUGGCCAUUCCAGCUCCGUUCCUCUUCUACAGGUAUGGGCGGAAGUUGCGACAGAUGUCACGGUUUGCUCCAACGCCAGAUUAA